GAUGACAAAGUAAAACUUGAAAGUUUAUAUAAGGAUGCUAUUAAACAGGCCAGCCAUUAUAAUUUUUCAAUAUCUGUGUUAAUUUUAAUGUUAGAUGGCUUAAAUAUGGAAGAAAAUCCCUAUAAAAAAAGAAGAAGUCAAGAAAUCACUUCAGGUAGCAAUAAGGCAAAAAAAUCAAAAGUCGCGGCAAAACAACCGAAAGAUAAAGACAUAGAAGAAAAUUGGAUUUUGGCCACAAUUGUAGGAUAUCGAACUGAUUUAAAGAGCUACGAAGUCGAGGAUGCAGAUAAAGAUGAGGCAUCAAAUAGGCCUGGCGAACGAUUUUUAGUACCAGCAAAAAAUGUUAUAGCGAUUCCAAAUCCUGGAGAAAUGCGAUCACCGGAAUUUCCUAAAGAUUCAACAGUCAUAGCAUUAUAUCCUUCUACAACAUGUUUUUAUAGAGCUGUUGUAGUUAUUCCACCAAGUAAAUUAACACCAAAAUCUUCACGAUAUUUACUUACUUUUGAAGAUGAUGAAAAUGCUGAGAGAUAUGUUGAGGCACAUUAUGUGUUGGAUAUCCCUAAGGAGAGGUAG